CCCGUGCUGGCCUGAGCUGACCGGCGUGGACUUUGCAGCCUGGAUGAACUUGUUAUCGCACCAGUGGUGCUCUCGCUUGGAUCGGACGGCGCCCUAUCCUUCGCAUCCUUGUGGCCUUAUCUUGACAGCCUGCCUGUCACCCCGCCUUCAUUUCGAGACCUCCACCACCCUUUUUCGUCCCAGCUGGCGAUAGUUGCACAUCGCUGAGAGGUCUUCGACAGUAAUCUUUUCGUGUUUGCGACCUGUGGCUGUCUGCUUGUUCUGUUCAGGCAUCGACUACCGUUCCCCGCAAUAAUUGCGCAGAACGCGACAAUCAAAACGCCAACUACGUCGGGUGGCCAAUUCCCCCCUCCAAUUGCCCCGACGUUCCAGCUCCUCUGACCGAAACAAUCCGCUCCCCAAAAUUCAACCGUUGAUACAGACCAGGUCGCUCUACCAGCGACGCGGAGCGACAGGGAUUUCUGACCUACACCUGGAUAGCCCAUCAGAACGAAUUCACAUAGCCCAGACAAACCCUAUCAUCGACGGGAAACUACUUCGUCCCUUUACACAGUUGAACUUAUAUCUCCCCAUCUAUAUCACCCAAGUUCCUGGAGACAUUUCUUUUAAUUUUCCUGUACAGUCCCUUUCUCUUCUUUGCAUUCGAGAUAUUAUUAGUCGUCCGUAUUUCACGAGAGGGAAAAGAAACUCGCUGAAACUCCGACACCACGUCUGCAACGAUGUCUGAUUUCGACUCCCUCUAUCAACGCAGCGUUUUCUUUACUCCUGAUCAACAGGAUCUCCUCUUUGCUGCACUUACAUCUCCUGACCAGACAAUGAAACCCCAAGUCGAAACGACCUUCGAUGGCAUGCCUGUUAAAACUCAACACUCGCCCCAUCAACAUGGCUCGUCAUCCCACGAUCUCUUCAACUCUCCUUCAGAUCAUGUCGCCCCCGGUUCAGGGAAUUUGAGUUUUGCGGACGACAGCCCUUUUCUCGAUUUUAGUCUCGAUCCCGAUUUUGAAGCUGGCAGCGGCGAGGCGUUGAUCGGAGAUCUUCCUGGUGCAGAGCCGCGUGAGAAAAGAAAGAGUAUUGACGGGAAAGAGGAAGAGGAAAGCGGGAAAAAGAGAAAGGAAAAUGAAGAAAAAGUAGCCAAAAAACCUGGAAGGAAACCGCUAACCUCCGAACCGACGUCGAAGCGCAAGGCGCAGAAUCGUGCGGCGCAGCGAGCCUUUCGUGAGCGUAAGGAAAAACAUCUGAAAGACCUUGAAACCAAAGUCGAGGAUCUCGAGAAGGCAUCCCAAGCCGCCAACCAUGAGAACAGCCUGCUUCGCGCUCAAAUAGAAAGAUUGCAAGUCGAACUUAGAGAGUACCGCAAACGACUUUCGUGGGCCAGCAGUGGUAGUAAUUACAUGGCUUCCGGUCUCGCCGCGGGCAAUAAUGGCCUUCAAACGUCACGUUUGAAUACGGAAUUUUCCUUCGACUUUCCCAAAUUUGGCGACCUUCCAGGUGCUAUGUUUAACAAUGGGUCCAUGACAAAAAUCCAAAGUCCUUCGACUUCAUCAACGGUAUCUCCUCUUACGGCAAUGCAGUAUAGCGCCCCUGGUGUUUUGAAUAGAGAUAUGUUCAGAACACACAGUUCUUUUGGCCAGUCCCCACAGCCCGGCACCGCAGGUAUGUUAGGAUCACGAAAUGAAGCUCUCCGCUCUUUAUACGGGCGCGGAGUUGGCGCCUCUCAGCAAAACAACCCCUCCUACAAUGCAAACGGCAUACCUGUUAAGCCUUCGAACGGCGUCGAUCAAGCUAAUCGACAGGGAAGCUACUCAUCACACAGAUCUGGGCCUCUGGGUGCAUCGAACACGAAUUCUCCUUCGACUUCUUCCGAAUCUCAUCACGCCCAGUCUUCAUCCAUUGGCACGUCCCCUGAACCUGCUGUUAACUCACCUCCUGCGGCGAAGGACGAGACAAAACGGAAUACCAAAAAUGCCAGCAAUAGUCCCGUUCCCCUAGACGAAUGUGAGAAAUCCUUUUAUGAAAAGCUCAACGAAGCGUGUGGGUGUGCUGAAGAUCCAGUUCCGGUAGCCUUGUCACGUCAGAAGGAGAAUUCGCAUUCGUCUAACCAGCAGACGAGCCCAGAAAAUAACACCAACAGUUCUCCCGGACUCAAUUGGCUAGUUCAACAGAAUGGUGGUCAAUUUGACCCUGUCCUUUUCAAUGACUAUCGCGAACCACAAGACGCCGUCUUGUCCCAGGAGUUUGGGAGUUUCUUCAAUGAUGCAUUCCCUCUUCCAGACCUGAGCAACUCGUUCCCGAAUUUCGACCUUGGAUCCAAUCCAACUCCAAAACCUGAUCUUAUAUCUCAGAUUGAGCAGUCAGUGGAUGCUGAUGAAGAGGUCGUGCCCGGCGAGGACAGGUCACAGAUGUUGUCAUGUACAAAGAUAUGGGACCGCUUGCAGUCCAUGGAGAAGUUCCGCAACGGCGAAAUCGACGUUGACAGCCUAUGCACGGAAUUGCGCACCAAAGCACGAUGUUCCGAAGGCGGAGUUGUUGUGAACAAGCAAGAUGUAGAGGACAUCAUGACUCGAGCAAGAAAACUCUCAUGAAAGAGUUCGGGUACGCUUUCCUCGAAGAUUCGAAAAUAUGAAAAGGGAAAAAUGGUAUUCGUUUCUUAAUUGCGCAUGUCUUGUCUGCUCGAGAUUCCCACUUCUGCACCUCUUGUUUUGCCACUGUCUUAACACGAUAGCCUGCCCUGUAACUAGGCUUCCAUUGAUAUAUAUAUGCGCAGGUUUUCGCGGCCCUGUAGCACCUGAACAUUUUACAUUCCAUCUUUGAGAUCUAGUUAUUAUGUUCUUUAUUUUGUUUAUACGGC